AUGGAAAGUCGAAAUUGCGACUUGCCAGCGCCUGAUAUUUAUAUAAAAUGUAUGCAUAAUUUCCAUCUUAUCAGUUUUCCUGUGUAUAUUGUUGCAUUCAACGCAUUGUUCCGAGAAAAUUCUCAAAUGUUCACAACCUAUAAAUAUUUCCUGAUUGCUCAUGUCUUUAUAAACAUUAUAUCAGAAAGUUAUGUGUCUUUUUUCAUGCUUCCAAUGACAUAUUUACCUCAUCCGGCACUUCGAAAUACUGGAUUGUUGGCAGACUUAAGGUUUAGUGGAAUGUUCAUUUUUUAUGGGUUGGCACAAUCUGUGAUGUGCACUGUUGGCUCAAUUCUAGAAAUGUUCUUUUUUCGGUACAAACUAAUUGCUAUAUACAAAAAAGGACUGUUCAAAAAGCUUCUGCGUUUUCAAGUUCUUUUGUACCGUGGCCUUAUCCUUUUCCACCCUGUCUUUGCCGCUAUCACCAUUACCUAUAGUAUAGGUGUUGAAAGAGAAGCAACUACGGAACUUUUUCUGAGCAACCCAGACCUCCCACCAGAAAUCACAUGCUAUUCCGUGAUCAUGGCAGUUUUUGAUGAUGCUGUUAUGUACGUUCUGGUUAUCAUUUAUGGAAUCCAAGUCGUUCUCCAGUUUACUGUAUCUAAUGGAGUUUUGAUGCAAAUCUUGAAAUUCGUAAAAGAUGGACAAGGAAUGUCUGCGUCUACUCUCAAACUUCAGAAGAUGAUGGUUUUCAGCUUAUUCAUUCAGGGAACUAUCCAUGGAGCAUUGAUAAUGUUGCCUACCAUGUUCAUGAUUUAUGCCAUAUUUUUUAAAUCGAGCCAGAACGGUAUGGCCCUCGGUUUUCUCAUGUGUGUAGCUUAUCAUGGAUUCGUCUCAACAUGUUCUAUGGUAGUGUUCACCAAGCCACUUCGUGACAGAAUUGUGCCGUGCAUCAGAGUUGUUCCAGCCGCCACCACUCCUAGCAAUGUAUCACGACUGGUGAGCUCGACGAGGGAUGCACCAUCGAACCAUAGCCGAAACUUAAUUGUGGAUCGCCGCUCAAAUCUAGCUGGAUGA